AUGGCUGCACUAUCAGCUAACAGAGAAGUUGAAUCAAUGGCUGGAGAAGAAGAAAAGGCAAAAAUGGAAUCGAAAUCAGAAGAAGCGGAGAAAGAAAGAAUGAAGCCAUGGGAACAGCAUGCAGGGGUGAUAAACAUGCCUCGUUUCGAUUACAACGCUCCUUCUGCCCUUCUUCAUCGCUCUCACUCUGGCUUUCUCAUCACCUGCUCCAUUAAAAGGGAGAAAAGUGCUACGAAAGAAGCCAUGUCCAUCCUUGAAAAGUAUGCUGAAUCCUACAACAGUGGAAGCUCUGAAAGCUUUGAAAGCUCUAAUGAAAGUAAAAGCACGAAGAGAAGGAGAAUUUUGACAGAUGAAACAGGUGCGAUGCCUGCUGAAGAUGUGAAAAGUAAAAGCAUCAUUGAGGAGAUAAGUGGUGGACCUGCAAACGAUGAUUGUCUAUCUCUUGUGAAAGCAGAUACACCUGUGGAAAGAGGUUUUGUUCUUUCACUAGUGAAGCUGACAAAAAGUGGCUUGGUUCUCCUUACCUUUCCCAGAGAUAAUUCCUCUGUCACUAUAGAUGUCGUAUCAAAUAUUUUCCAAUGUCUGGAAUCUGGGAUUUUAAAGUCACCUCUCUGGUGUCAUCGCAUUUUCCCCAUUCAGGCUACUUGUUUGUUGAUUGAAAAGGAACUGCGAGCAAUUGUGUCAAAGCUUGUUCUUCAAUUCAUCAAUGACAAACAAAAGACACUUGCACGACCUAUUAAGUUUGCAGUUGGAUAUAACAGGAGAGGAAUUGAAGAGACAUGCAUGAAGAAUUUGAAAGUUAAGCCAAAAGAUUCUGAUCCAUUUCCUAUGUUGGACCGGAGCAAAUGCUUUGAUGCUGUAGCUUCUGCAAUUAAAGAUGUUGUACCAGAGUCAGCUGUUGAUCUCAAAUCACCAGAGCUCUCUGUUCUUGUGGAGUUGUUGCCUCUUUCUGGAGUACCCAAUGGGUCACUGGUCGCUGCUGUCUCUGUUCUUCCUCAAAACCUUGUAAGUGUAAAGCCACGGCUAUGCAUUAAGGCACUAGUUUCUGAUACGAAUGCGAGGAAUGGAAGGACUUGA